AUGGCCACCGCCGAGGACCGCGCCGCCGCCACAGCGCUGAAGGAUAAGGGCAACGCAGCAUUCAAAGAACAUGACUGGCCUACGGCCAUCGACUUCUACACUCAAGCUAUAGAACGAUAUGAUCAAGACGGGACUUUCUACUCCAACCGUGCUGCGGCUCACAUCAAGCUCGAGGCUUUUGGGUAUGCGAUCGCCGACGCAUCCAAAGCGAUUGAGCUAGAUGCCAACUUUGUCAAGGCGUACUGGAGACGGGCGACAGCCUACACUGCCAUUCUCAACUACCAAGAUGCACUACGAGACUUCCGGCUGGUCGUCAAGAAAAAUCCUGGCAACAAGGAGGCCCGGCUAAAGCUGGCCGAAUGCGAGAAGCUCGUCAAGAGAAUCCAGUUCGAGAAAGCCAUUGAAGUCAGCGAUCCUCCGUCUGCGUUCGAGGACCUCAAUAUCGAGUCCAUGAAAGUCGAUGACAACUAUGAUGGCGUGCGGUUAGGCGAUGAGAUGACCCAGGAGUUUAUCGACGACAUGAUCGAGCGCUUCAAAAACGGCAAGAAAAUCCACCGAAAGUACGUCUUCCAGAUCGUCAAGGCGGUCAAGGAGCUCGUCUACGAUGAGGCAACCAUGGUCGAGAUGGAAGUGGAGCCCGACACCAAGCUCACCGUGUGCGGCGAUACUCACGGCCAGUACUUUGAUCUCCUGGAGAUCUUCCGCUUGAACGGCUAUCCCACCGACAAGCAUGCUUACCUCUUCAACGGCGAUUUUGUUGAUCGAGGCUCUUGGUCGACUGAGAUCGCUCUGCUGCUGUACGCCUACAAGUGGCUUCGACCUCACAAGUUCUUCCUCAACCGUGGCAACCACGAGACGGACGACAUGAACCGUGUCUAUGGGUUCGAGGGCGAGUGCAAAGCCAAGUACAACGAAAAGACCUUCAAGCUGUUCUCAGAAUCAUUCUCGGCAUUACCCCUGGCGACUCUGAUCGGCAAGAAGUACCUGACUCUUCAUGGCGGUCUGUUUUCUGAUGACAAGGUCACUUUGGACGAUAUUCGCAAGCUUGAUAGGCACAAGCAACGCCAGCCCGGUCAGGCUGGUCUGAUGAUGGAAAUGCUAUGGACAGAUCCUCAGCCACAGCCUGGUAGAGGGCCUAGUAAGCGUGGCGUUGGUCUGCAGUUCGGUCCGGAUGUCACCAAGAGAUUCUGCGAGAACAAUGGUCUGGAAGCAGUCAUUCGAAGCCACGAGGUGAGGAUGGAAGGUUACGAGGAAGAGCACAACGGCAAGUGUAUCACAGUCUUCUCGGCACCCAAAUACUGCGACACGACUGAGAACAAGGGCGCGUUCAUCAACAUCGGCCCGGAGCUGAAGCUAGAAUUCACCAAGUUUGAUGCCGUACCGCAUCCUGAUAUCAAGCCCAUGGCCUAUGCGCAGAACUCGUUGCUUCAGCAGAUGGUGCAGUGA